AUGAGAGUAACGACUUCGGUUUCUCGAGGUCGCGGUCCUCGACUAUACCAUAAAAAGAGCCGUGCUGGAUGUGUUCGGUGUAAGCAGCGGCGGGUGAAAUGUAACGAAGCUCGGCCUAGUUGUGGUGGCUGCUCGCGACACGCGGUUGAUUGUGUCUAUCCCACUGAGGCUGCUGGUGGAACGACUCUUGCACACUCCUCCGCGGAGAGCAGAGCUACGUCGGAUACCGAGACUACGGAGUAUCUUCCGGUGGACUUGGACAGCAAUCACCGGGCUAAUCCGCUGCCCAGCAAGCUCGACUCACCUUCAGCUGGAAAGAGCGUGUAUCAGGUGUCAAAUCAAGAACUACCGAAAAUUUUGACCCCGGAUUGUCUUGGUGACUCAGAGUUAGACCUACCAGAAUCUCGGGAAAGACGUUUGUGGGAGUUGCGCUUGCUUCAUAACAGUCUCACGGAAGCGAAACCUUUCUCUACUCCACAGCCGCCUCAGGUCAUGAACUUAUGGGCUGUUGAGGUCCCCAACAUGGCUUUAAAAGAAGGGAAGGAUGCCAUCCUCUAUGGUAUUAUGGCACACUCCGCGCUCAACAUGUGGACAAGGAGUACAGAUCACCAGGAGCGCGAGACACUUAUCAGACUCCAGCACACUUAUCUGAGUAUGAUGCUUCGCCAACAACGCUGUGAUGUUGCGGAAUUGAAUCCUGCGAACGCAGACUCUGUGUGUCUUUCCAGCUUGAAGAUCCUCACACAUGCCCUGGCGCUCAUACAAACAUUACCAUUGGAGCCCUGGGAACCGCCAGUGGACUGGCUGCAAAUGGGCAACGGUGCUGGCGCUGUGUUUAGGAAUGCCUGGUCCAUGGUGAAUAAAGAAGGCACGACCAAACUCAUCACCUUCAUUCGGAGUCCUCCGGUGUUGGACGACCCAAAUGAAACCAUUCUGAGUGACCACAGUGAUCUACUUUGGAUUCUGGAGACGCCACCCGGACCACAGGCCAAUCAAGAUACUGAGCUGGACAACCUUGCGACAAAGGCUGUAUACGAAAAAGCGCUUGCCUACACGUGCAGUGUUCAGAGGGCUCUGGAACGCCGCGAGCCUGAGUUUGCCAUAUGUCGACGACUGGGCGGCUUUGCCGUAUGGAUUCCCUGUGAGUUCACACAAUUCCUCGUUCAGCGAAGACCACGAGCUAUGGUGAUCCUUGCCCAUUUCAUGUCCUUGUUCUUGGAGAUGGAGCACAUCUGGAUGAUCGGAAAAGCUGGAGAGCGGCAGAUUAGGGGGAUACACAAAAAUCUGCCAAUGGAAUGGUGUUACAAACUGGACGGCUUGUUCCAGAAGUUUAAGAAGCCUGAGCAGAGCCCUAGACCGUUCGGCGGUGGACACGGAGUCUUGAUGUGA